CCCAUCUACAACGCGACGACGGACUUUGACUACCAAUCGUUGCAACUCGGAUUGCAUCAAGAGUACAUCGAGCUUGACCUGUUCCACUAUGGCUUGGCCAAGUUCUCAGACGAGGACUUUGAAGCCGAGGGACUCACUGCAGAGGACCGAUUCUUGAUCGAGCACAUGGCUGAUCAAGAGGUUGGACACGCCAUCAUGAUAUCGAAUAUUCUUGGGGCGAGCGCCGCCAAGGAGUGCACUUACACCUACCCCUUCAACACCGUCCGCGAAUUCAUCGACUUCUGCCAGAAACUGACGCGGUGGGGCGAGGCGGGCGUCUACGGCUUCCUCGAGCACCUGCACAACCGCGCGUCCGCGAACCUGCUCAUCCAGUCGAUCACUCAGGAGGCGCGCCAGCAGAUGUCGUUCCGCCAGUUCGAAGGCCUCUUCCCCUACCCCGAGUGGUUCAGCACCGGUAUCACGCAGAGCAUGCAGUGGACGCUGCUCGCGCCGCACAUCGUUAGCUGCCCUGCGGGCAACCCGCACCUCAACUGGACGAACUUCCCGGCGCUGAACAUCACCAACGACCCGACUCACGCUAUCCUGCCGCGAGAUACGCAGCCCGCCAUCUCGUCGAACGUCUCUUCGCUCACGGCGCCCGGGUACGAGGUCCACUUCACCUGGGAUUCCCCCGGCAAGUCUGUCGGCCCCAACAGCUCGUACACCACCCGGACCCUCGCCGGCGCGCCCAAGUACGCGGCGUGGAUCGCGCAGCUGAACGUGACGUACACGGAGCUGUACAAUAUCUCUGGCAACUCGGCGUACACGAUCCAGCCCAACGGGACGCUCUACGGCCCCGGGACGGCCAGCGUCCUCAAUGGAACUCAGUUCGUCCUGAUCACCGACAGUAACCCGUAUAUCACGCCCGCGAACAUGUCCUACCUGGACCCGCACGUCGUCGCUGGGCCUGCGAUGUACCAGGCUGAUUAA